AAAUGUUUCUGUCAGUGCCAAAUUGUCUGCAGCAAGGACUGUACCAAAAAUGCACCAUUGUACAUAUUGAUCUAACUAACUAGAAUGUUUAAUGAGGGGAAUCACCACUGGGAAGUACGCUGGUUUCAUACCUAGAAAUAGACAUGACGUGUCCCUGUGAUAUCUGUACAUAUCUGCCGACACACUUGUGUAUGGACCUGUAAUUAAGCAGCAUCGACAGUCCCACGAUCAAUACCAUGGAGAACUUUAAUUCCUACAAAUCAACUCUCCAGUUCAGGGCUACUAAAGCUGAUCCUCCUCGCCUGGAACUAAACAUAAAAUGGCAGGACAUGUCGCACGUCCUUGUGUCUGUCAGUGACAGGCUUGGCCAACUGAUAUGGCUAGUGCUCUUUGAAAGAAGCGAAGUCAAUGCGUUGGUAUGGUCUGGAUUUCCAAACUCUCGGCAGUUUGUUGUCCAGGUUUAUGGCCUGAAAGAGUCCACUCCAACAAAUCCAGCCCAACAUCCUCAUGCUACAGUCUACUUGGUGGAGGCAGGAAAGAAAGUUGUCCUUUCUUGUGUUUCAGGAUUUCAAGUAUUCUUUACAGAGAGUGUGGAUGUAGACCUGCGUGGGGGGCAACAUUAUUCCUCCCGAGACAAACUGACUGACAUACUGAAGAAGGAGGGCGAACUCCUGAUGGAAGUGGAAGAGAAGCCUCAACUGGACACUGUGACAGGACACAGACCUCCAGUAGACUACAUCCUCAAACCUACAGUGUCUUCCAGAAGGGCAGCACAUAUGUGUGUUGUUCUCUGUGAGAGAAAUAAGAAGGAGUAUAUCGUCAUGUCGUCUGCUGACAACACCAGCAUCCCGCUCCUGCCCGUCUGUGAAUCCAGAACCAACUACAAGGUCAAGGCUAUUAAAAUAAAAGAUUGUCAAGUGUACAGUUUUGGCCAGCCCUCUCCGGUCUGCUAUCUGUACACACCUCAUAAAUCAACACAAAUCUUACCCAUCAAGACUUGCAUGUCAAAAGAGGAACUACAACAGCUAAAAAACAUGGCAGUUAAUUUCUGUCGGAUCAACUCUAGGUAUCCCUGGAAAUAUAACAUCACACAGUUCUACCGCAAUAAGCCUAAACACUACUACACAAACAUCAUGUCCAAUAGAGGUGGAGUGAUGGAGAAGUAUAUCAAGGACAAUAAUGGUGACCCAUACUCUGCCAUCAACCACAAGAUCAAUGGCCUCUUCUUCAGCGGAUCCCUGGAUACCCGCUCAAUGAAUCCCCCAGACUUCUCCUACUUUGGAGAUACCAGACUUUUCAUCCCAGCAGAGGAACUGUUUACAUCAGACACCAGGAUGUACUUCGCAGACUUCUUUUGUCACAACAAAGUACAUUAUGUCACAGCAGUUGUCACUAAGACCGGAUCAGAGGAAGACAGAUUCUGUGAAGGAAGACUCAUUGAGCUGGACUUGAAAGAUAAUCCUUUUUUCAUCAUCAAAGAACACACUGAAGGGGAUGCACAUCGCCUAGGCCAUCUGGCUGGGUUAUCCAGCAGUUUCCAGUCUCUGUCUGUGUCCCAUGGAUACGAUGGGUCAUACCUCAGACAUACUUCACCUUACGGUGUGCCAUCCCACCAGAAUGUUGUCAGAAAGACAUUCAGAAUUGUGUCUGUCAACAGGUUCCAUGUGGAGUUUCUCUACACUGAGGAUGUUGACAUCAAGGGCUUGAUUAGGAGAUGUGGGGAGGGCAAUGUAUAUUUCCGACAUGUGCAGGGUUUAGGGGUGAGCAAGGUGGAUGGAAUUCCAAAGAAUCCCUACUGCCAAACAUGCAACCUUCCCCCUAAGGCUUAAAGAACAGAUGCAGUUGACGGACAAAGUAUAUUUCAAAUUUGCGAAAAGUAUAUCCAAAGAAAGUUACUUACAGGAUGUGCAACCUUCGAACAAUGAUUGUCCCUCUUUAGAAAGAAUUUAAGAAGUGUUUGUUAUCUGAAAAAUAUUGCAGUGAAAACAUUGCCUAUCUGGGACCAGAGACAUGAGACACUAGACAUUUUCAGAGGCAAACAAACAGCCAUAACACUUAUGUUUUUGACUUAUGACUGAGGCAGUACAGUGGCCAGUCGAAUGGACUGAUAGACUGAAGUGGGGAAAGGAUAUGAUCAGUCGGAUGGACUGAUAGACUGAAGUGGGAAAGGAGGUGGUCAGUUGGAUGGACUGAUGGACUGAAGUGGGGAAGGAUGUGGUCAGUCGGAUAGACUGAUGGACUUCAGUGGGAAGGAUGUGGUCAGUUGGAUGGACUGAUAGACUGAAGUGGGAAGGAUGUGGUCAGUUGGAUGGACUGAUAGACUGAAGUAAGAGGUGGUCAGUCGGAUGGACUGAUGGACUAAAGUGGGGAAGGAGGUGGUCAGUUGGAUGGUCUGAUAGAAUGAAGUGGGGAAGGAGGUGGUCAGUCAGACGGACUGAUAGACUGAAUUAGUACAAUGGUCAGUCAGAUAGACUGAAUUGGUGAAGGAGGUGGUCAGUCAGAUGGACUGGAGAGGUGAAGGAAUUGGUCAGUUAGAAGGACUGAGCUGUGGACAGUCAAAUGGGUCGAUGUUGUAUUGUUGUAGUAAGAGUGUUGGAAACUGUACACAACUGCAAACAGUUGGGCUGAUAUUCCAUCUGACUGAUUAUUCCCUUUGGUUUAUUUGCAGUACUAAUAAGUACUUACAGUCCAUUUGCUGCAAACUUGUACUGAUGAAAUGGCAAAUAAAUAUACAUUUGAAAUUAA